CCCAGACUUUUGACAUUCCAUCUGGGCUGUGUUUACCUUAUUGUUCUAGUAAAAAUUUAAAAUUAAUUUGUCAAAAUGUCAAAGGCAAUUAAGUAUUAUUAUGAUUUUCUGUCCCAGCCAUCUCGCGCUAUUUGGAUUGGAAUGAAAUUGAGCAAGACCCCUUUUGAAGAUUGCCCAGUGGCCCUGCGAAAACAGGAGCAAUUGACCGAUGAGUACCGGAACAUCAAUCGAUUCCAGAAGGUUCCGGCCAUCGUGGACGGUAAAUUUCAGCUAGGUGAAAGUGUCUCUAUAGUUCGUUAUCUUGCGGACAAAGGUGUCUUCAGCGAGCAGCUGUAUCCCAAGUCGCUGGAGGGUCGAGCCCGAGUGGAUGAGUUCCUGGAAUGGCAGCACUUUAAUGUUCGCAUGGUCUGCUCCCUGUUCUUCCGCCAGGUUUGGCUAUUACCGGCAAAGGGACUUGCUCCGGCUCCAAAACCCGAGGCUGUUAAGAAGCUUAUUAAGGAUGUGGAGGGAAAUUUAGGCCUUAUUGAACGUAUCUGGUUGGAGAAGGACUUUCUAGUUGGAGACAAACUCACCGUGGCGGAUAUCUUUGGAGCUUCCGAAAUCAAUCAAAUGAAGCUGUGCCAGUACAAUGUAAAUGAGAAGCAAUUUCCCAAGGUAGCCAAGUGGCUGGAGCGGGUUCGAGAUGCCACCAAUCCUUAUCAUGAUGAGGCCCAUAGUUUUCUAUACAAGACCUCCAAACAGACUGCCAGUGCCAAAAUAUAAAUAUUUCAAAUUUUAA